GUACAGCCUUUUUCCACCAGGAGCAGCGCGCCUCUCGCAGAUUAAAAACAAAAAAUUGUCAAUGGUGAGUGUGAAGAUAAUUACUUGCGCCACCUUAACACUUGGAAUUCGAUAUAAACCUUUAAAUAGCCUACCACUGAACAACGCCUAAAACGGGAAGCUAUUUGAAUCCAAGAAAAUGGUGUCUGUAUCUGUGAUUGCCAUGGCAGUUGGAACUGGUACGGCGGCAGUGCUCAUUGCCCCUGUUGCUUUGGGAGCGAUGGGAUUCGGUGCUGCUGGGGUUGCAGCUGGAUCAACCGCAGCAGGCAUGAUGUCUUCUGCAGCCGUGGCCAAUGGAGGUGGGGUAGCAGCAGGGAGUCUUGUUGCUGCUCUACAGUCAGCAGGAGCUGCAGGACUCACCGGUGUGGCCACAGCUGUUGUGGGAAGUGUUGGCGCGGCAGCCGGUGGAGUGGUGGGAUGGGUGUCCUCUAAGUUCAGGGGGUGACCUCAAUAUUCAGCCGUAUUGACGUUCGGGUCUCAUCCUCGCUAUGAUUACAUUGAUAUUAAAAUUGAUUAUACUUCAAA